GUUGUCGGUGUCAUCGUCGUCGUCGUCGACGUCGGUCGUCGGUCGUCGGUCGUCGUUGUCUACGUCGUCGUCGUCGUCGUCGUCGAGACGCUCGUUCGCUUCCUCGCUUCUAAGCAAAAAGAGAGAGGGAAAAAAAGACACACAUACGUGCAUAUGUACAUACGUACGUAUAUACAUAGAGAGGAUAUAUAAAAUACUUACUUAAGAGACACGCGUGCGUGCAGAUACAGUGAGAGCGAGACAGGAAGAGAUUUUUCACCUUCCCGAGAGUAGAGUGGAAAGUGCGCGUUCCCGUGAAGGGUGCACGCGACGACACGAUAUUUAUGGGCGCUCGACGGUGCCGCGAGGAGGACACUAUGCAGAGCGUUGCUACGAGAGGGCCGACUCACCUGGUCGCCCUGUACGUGGCGACCGCCGGCCUUCAGAACAACUCUCUUGGUUCCGAUGAGGAGGAAAUCACGUUGCUCGUUUACGUACUUCUCGAUGUACUCCAGAACAAGGUGUUGGGCAGACAACAAUAUAUAGUUCGUCCAAUGGUAAUGGACGAUGGUUGUACACCGGGAAGCGGUAGUGACAAUCCAGCAGUCGCCGGAAGUAGCGGAAUCAUUAGCGAGUCAGCGUUAGCACAUGCCCCAGCUUUGACUGAACGUACCCUUCGAGAACUCGGAAUUCCUUUAGAGCAAGCUAUAGAACAGUUCGAAGGAUGGUGGUCAUCGAUGUCUUGUGUGACCGGUGGAGGUGAUCCUCGAUUCGUUGUUGACGGACAAUCACCGAUGAGACAAUGUUUGCAUCCUGAAGCUUGCAACAAGGAUAUCGAACUGCCAACCCAUUACAAUGUCUUUCACGAUCUUCGUAAAGAAUUUGUUGGGUGUUACUCAUCCCACGGCGAAUUGGCAACACUUGGAAUACAAGAAAUGUUACAAUAUUUUGGACUACCGCCUGAUACAGACAAUGAUUUUCACGUGAAAGAAAUACAGGACAUGAUUAGCGUUAUACAGAGGAUGAUCAAGGAUGGUCAUGUGUUUCAAGCACCGGAGAUAGUUAACAUAGUUUUAGAACCAGGCAUAUGUUCCAAGGAUGAAGAAGUAGACAAUGACUGUGUAGUUAGAGCCCGAGGACUUCCUUGGCAAUCUUCCGACCAAGAUAUUGCCAAAUUUUUCCGUGGUCUGAAUGUUGCAAAGGGUGGCGUAGCACUUUGUUUAAGUCCUAUGGGUAGGCGCAACGGAGAAGCUUUAGUACGGUUUGUUAAUAAGGAACACAGAGAUAUGGCAUUGAAAAGGCAUAAACAUCACAUGGGACCACGAUACAUUGAGGUUUACAAAGCUUCUGGAGAAGAUUUUGUUGGGGUUGCUGGUGGUACUACUAGCGAAGCACAUGCUUUCCUCUCAAGAGGAGCUCAGGUUAUCGUUAGAAUGAGAGGAUUACCUUAUGACUGCGUUGCUAAACAAGUGAUCGACUUCUUUUUAUCUGGACAAAAACCUUGUCAUGUGUUGGACGGUGAGGACGGUGUAUUAUUUGUCAAAAAACCAGACGGUAGAGCAACCGGAGAUGCAUUUGUCCUUUUCGCACAAGAGGAAGAUGCUGUGAAAGCAUUAAGUAAACACAGAGAUUGCAUUGGCAGUCGGUACAUUGAACUAUUUAGGAGUACAACAGCGGAAGUACAACAGGUUCUGAAUAGGGCGAUUGAUCCAAAGCCGUUCGUUCUCCCAGUACCACCUAUUCCACCAUUGCAAUUUUCUCAAUUACUUCCUCAACACAUAAUCACAUCGGGCACGCGUAAGGACUGCGUGAGGUUACGUGGGCUCCCCUAUGAGGCACUUGUCGAACACAUACUUGAAUUCAUGGGAGAGCACUCGAAAAACAUUGUCUACCAAGGCGUUCACAUGGUAUACAAUGCACAGAAAAAUCAUUUGUUCUUUCAGGGUCAACCAUCCGGAGAAGCAUUCAUACAGAUGGACAGCGAAAGUUCGGCGCACGCCUGUGCGACACAACGACAUCAUCGGUAUAUGAUCUUCGGAAAGAAACAACGUUACAUAGAAGUCUUCCAAUGUAGUGGCGAAGAUAUGAAUCUGGUAUUGACAGGUGCAGUAGCUCCGCCAUCAACGAAGGCUCUACUAUCUCCCGGUACGUUGAGCACUCAAUCACCCGCAUCUCUGACACAUUCGGGUCCGGCGACGCCGGUACCGAUGCCGGUACCGACGGCGCAGCCUCCCCUCUGGGACAUACAGGCGCUCGUACAGGCACAGGCGCAAGCACAGGCAGCGCAGGUUCAAGCUCAAGCUCAGGCGCAGGCGCAGGUGCAGGCCAUCAGGAAUCAGGACUUUUGGCUGAUGGCCUUGGCCUCUAACGCGUCCCCCACCUCGACGACUCCAGCCUCGCCUACCUCCUCGGCGACGAGAGGCACGAUAUUGCCGCCACCACCGUCGUUCGUAACAAGUGCAAUCUUCCCUCCAACGACCGCGAUGCUACCACGAGGACCACCCCAAUUCGCUGGGCCAUUUCCACCACCACCGAUAUUUUAUUGGCCCUAUCCUUCACCUCCCGUUAGUCCAACUAAUUAUUAUAACCCGGCGAGCGUCGGUGGCAUCGCGCCGAUACCUCAACAAGCAGCGCUGUUAACACCUGCCGAGUGUUUACAACUAGGACCAGGAACCGCGGCAGUAACGACGGGAACGUCACCAUCCGCGGAACCUCGUCUCGAUGCAACUCUGACACGCGUGGAGGCAGAAAAACGCAUUGCUUUGCCGGGGCAUCAUCAACCAGAAUGCAGUCCCUUCGUCGAAGUUUUUAUGGUCUGACAAUGAGCCGAAAUACUUUAACGAAUUUGUUUCUGUUCCCCUGUUCGUUCACAUUCGAAGUCGAUCGAGCAGAAAGAAUGUGUUUUCUCCAUCGAUUUGAAGGAAUUCACACACGUAAUACACGCAAAUACAAGAACACACACACACACACACAUACAAAGAAACAACAUAUACGGAUUCACGCAUACAAGGAUAGCGUACCAAAGGGUGGUAAUUCUUAAAAAACAACAACAACAAAAAAAUAACUGAACUAAAGAAAAACAAAACAAAAAGAAAAGAUAGAUAGAAGAAUCCCAUAGAAGAAAGAUUUUUUUACGUUACUCGUCAUUUAAUCAUUUUCUUCGUUAGACGAGAGAUAUAAGUACAAGGGAUGGAAGAGAACAAAGAAAA